AAGUCUUGUGGAAUUGAGGUCUGGUGAGAACGAGGCGCCGGUGCCAGAGCCGUCAGUCAACGGCAGGGUGAGGACGGUGUUCGUGUCGUUGUCUCUGUCGUUGCGUGGGGGUCGACGCUGUUGUUUUGCUGACAGUUGAUGAGUUGCUGAUACAGUUCAUAAGGAUAUCAAGAACAGUAAUGGCUGCUUUGUGCGUCUUUCUAUUAAUAACGGCUACAGUGGUCGAGCUCAGCUCACUUACCUCUGCCACAACUAUUGACUCCAUCAUAGCCGAAGCUGCUAAUUCUAGUCGCGAGUUCGAGUUUUUCUACGACGUGGGCAACGGUGACGUCAAAGUAGAGAUGGACAUGCUGUACAGCCGCGAACAGUGGAACGCCAUUCAGAGCGCCAUCGCCGCUGCAAGUUCAGGGUCAGGCAAGCGGGAGGCGAUCAAGGAGGGGGCGGGUGGACGGCGCUGGACUGACCGGGUGGUGCCCUACGAGAUCGCCCCCUACACCUUCUCCCCAGGUGAGGUGUCUCAGAUAGACGAGGCGCUGCGGGACUGGAGCCGCUACACCUGUCUCACCUUUCGGCGCGCCAGUGCCAGCGACAGGAACAGACUUCGCUUUGAGAACGGGGGAGGCUGCUACUCGCGCGUGGGGAUGGUUGGCGGCACACAGGAAGUGGGUCUGGCUGCUGGAUGCCGUGUGAAGAAGAUCGUCAUCCACGAGGUGGGCCACGCGCUGGGUUUGAACCACGAGCAGACGAGGCCCGACCGUGACACCUACGUGACUGUCGUCCGCGGCAACAUCUCGCCCAGCAUGUACUUCAACUUCCAGAAGUAUACGUGGACUGUCAUCGAGAACUACAACAUCCCCUACGACUACUACAGCAUCAUGCACUACGGCAAGACAGCAUUCUCCAUCAACGGCGGCAUCACCAUCAAAACCAGCGACGUGCAGUACCAGGACAUCAUCGGCAACCAGAACGGACUGAGUUUCCGGGACAUCAAGAACAUGAACAAAAUGUACCCGUGCGUCAAGGCCCCCAACUGCACCAGGCGGGACACCGACUGUCCAGGUGAGGGCUUUGUGGGCAAGGACUGCAGGUGCUGGUGUCCCGGCUCGCCCUACAAACUGUGCAACGGGACUGGCGGCACCGGCACUGGUCCUGGAGUGGGCGAGGUCACCGCGUGUGUCGACCGCAACAAGCAGUGCGCCUCGUGGGCCGCCGCUGGGGAGUGCGAGAAGAACCCCGACUACAUGCUGCCGUACUGCAAGAAGUCCUGCAACAAGUGCGCAGGAUCGUCUCAAAACAAGACUGGCCUCCCCCAGUGCCAGGACCUUGACACAUCCGGGAGCUGCGGCGUGUGGGCCUCUCAGGGGGAGUGUGUCGUGAACCCCGACUACAUGUUGGUGUACUGCAAGAGGUCCUGCAGCGUGUGCACAGGAUCCUCCACGGCGCCGCCGCCGCCAGCCUGUCAGGACCUGGACACUUCCGGUAAUUGCGCCGCCUGGGCUAGACAAGGGGAGUGCACUCGCAACCCCAACUACAUGCUGUCGCACUGCAAGCUGUCCUGCCAGGUGUGUGGACCGGUGUCCUCUCGGUUGUCCGCCUGUCAGGACCAGGACACCAGCGGCAACUGCGCCACCUGGGCUCAACUAGGGGAGUGCACCUCCAAUCCGCGCUACAUGAGGCUUUACUGCGCGAGGUCGUGUAACGCAUGCACUGGAUAAUGGAGACUGACUGACAAAAGCUCUGAUACUCUAAUGUUCGCAUUCUUACAACAAUUUUUGUGAACCUGUCGUAAUGUUAAGAAAGUGUAACCAGCAUAAAAAAUUAAUUUUGACCUCCAUUUGUCUACACUUAUGUCUGUCCUCUAUACCAAAUGUUUUACAGGUGUGCAGUGUGUAUUUUAUAUUCAGAACUAUUUUACAAUAAUAUUGUUUGUCGCUUAUUUAAUCAAAUUUUGUUGGCAUGCUUUAUAUUAAAAAUCUGGGUUUUUAAAAGCAUCUCACACGUACCUGUUUGAAAACAACUUAAUUUUAGUGUAAAUUUAAAGGCAAAUUUGAAAAAAGAAAAAUAUUUUGUGAACAGAAAUAAUUCAGGCUGUCCUAUGUAUUAUUGGGUGACAUCAAAAGAAAUGCUGUGUGCGCGCGUGGACAACAAUCACAGAAAUCUGCCAUGUUUAGGACAAUCCAAUGUAAGUGCGUGCCUGUAUGUAAAUGGAGUUCUGGCUGGCAGGUCAGCGGAUUUAAUAAUGAUUAAGACCUGAACUCUUACAUGUACAUAUGAAUGCCAUGUUCCUCUUUUGUAAUCUGUGUCUUGGCUCAUUAAAAAACACAAGUUCUGUCA